AUGCAGAAGAGCGGCUGCGCGCAGGCAAGCGGGCGGGAGGCUCGCCAGGCUGCGUCUGGGUCUCUGCGAAAGUUGCUCUGCAGAGGCAAGAGGAAAGCGGAACAGAGAACGUUUUCAGCGAGGAACGAGAGCUGCUGCAAAGGCGAAGGGACCUCGAACUCCGGCGAAACUCCUCGCAAUCCACUCCUCCCUCUCAACCACGCACAACAGGCAGUCUCCAUGGCGGGAGACCGCGUUUCUCCGUCUCUUCCGGUCUGCCUCGUCACCGGCGGCUCCGGCCUUGUUGGAAAAGCUCUCCAGUCCGUUCUUCUCCGAGAACAAGCCCCUUCUUCUUCCUCAUCCUCUUCUUCCUCUUCUCCUUCGGACUCUGAGGGAAAAGACGGUGGGACUGUGAGAGGAGAAGCGUCGCUUGAAGGUCCGACGAUAAUCUCGGCGCGAGCUGUCGCGUUCGUUUUUGUGGGGUCGCGAGACGCAGACCUGCGGGAUUACACCCAGACAGAGAGACUCUUUCUGCGAUAUCGACCGCAGUCACUCAUCCAUCUCGCCGCCCGCGUCGGGGGCCUCUUCGAUAAUACGGCUCACAAUCUCGAGUUCUUCCAAGACAAUCUACGCAUUAAUGACAACGUCGUCCGCGUCGCGCAUCUCUUGCAGGUCCGGAAAGCUGUCUUUUGUCUGUCAACUUGCAUCUUUCCCGCCCACUACGCAGAGUCAGGAGAGUGUCUCGUGGAAGAGCAUCUCCACAAUGGACCCCCGCAUCCCUCAAAUGAAGGCUACUCGUACGCAAAGAGGAUGCUCGAAGUCUCUGUCCGUCUCCAUCGCCAGAGGUUCGGACAUCAAUGGAGAUGCGUGGUUCCGACGAAUCUCUACGGUCCUUUUGACCAGUUCUCUCUGGAAAAGGCGCAUGUUCUUCCCGCUCUCAUCUACAAGGCUUUCCUUGCCUCCCAGGAAAACAACUCCCUCGUCGUCGGAGGAACUGGGUCGCCGCUGCGACAGUUCCUUUACAGCGAAGACGCAGCCGAAAUUCUUCUGCGAGUCCUUGACGCGCCUGCCUUGUCUGAGGAAGAGAGCCUAAUGAUUCUGGCGUCCGAUGCGGACUCAUCUGAGGGAACGUCUAUCGCUUACAUAGCGCAACGCAUUGCAGACGCGUUUCACCUGUCGAAGCCUCUCGAGUUUGACCGAUCGAGGCCGGACGGCAUAUACAGAAAGCCAGUCUCUACCGCCAGGCUGCGUCGGUUCCUCGGUCCGGACUUUCGCUUCCUGUCUCUCGAGGAAGGAAUUCAACGGACUGUCCAGUGGUUCGUCCAAAACAACAAAAGCGCGAGAACCUAAAGAGACGAGUCCCUCCUCUACCCUCUGCUUGUCCACCUCUGCAACCGAAUAUUCAUCUCCUACAUAUUCAGUUAUGCAUGAUCAGGUAUGUGGCGACUGUACGCGUAACUGUUUUCGGAGGUGUGCACCAGUGCCGUUCGGUGACGGGGGAGUCAGAGAGAGAGGAAGACCUGCGUUUUUUUCUGCAACUUCAUUUUAUCUUUUUUCCUUGUUCAAGAGAGAGUCUGAGGAACAAAGGCCCAUAUCUCUUCGUCGACGCG